AUGGCUGCGGCGGCUCUGCGGGUGGCGAGCCGGCGGCUCAGCCGGCGCGCGGGGUCUGGAGUCCCUAUCCUACUGCGGCAGAUGUUUGAGCCCAAGAGUUGCACUUACACGUACCUGCUGGGUGACAGGGAGUCGAGAGAGGCCGUUCUGAUCGACCCAGUUCUGGAGACAGCAACUCGGGAUGCCCAGCUAGUGAAGGAGCUGGGCCUGCAGCUGCUCUUUGCGGUGAAUACACACUGCCACGCAGACCACGUGACGGGUUCGGGUCUGCUGCGGACCCUAUUCCCCGGCUGCCUGUCUGUCAUCUCCCGCCUUAGUGGGGCCCAGGCAGAUCUGCACAUUGAAGAUGGAGACUCCAUCCACUUCGGACGAUUUGCUUUGGAGACCCGGGCCAGCCCUGGCCACACCCCAGGCUGUGUCACCUUCGUCCUGAAUGACCACAGCAUGGCCUUCACUGGAGAUGCCCUGCUCAUCCGAGGCUGUGGGCGGACGGAUUUCCAGCAAGGCUGUGCUAAGACUUUGUACCGUUCAGUUCAUGAAAAGAUCUUCACGCUUCCUGGCGACUGUCUGAUCUACCCUGCUCAUGAUUACCAUGGGCUUACAGUGUCCACUGUGGAGGAGGAGCGGACUCUGAACCCUCGGCUUACGCUCAGCUGUGAGGAGUUUAUCAAGGUCAUGAACAACCUGAACUUGCCUAAGCCUCAGCAGAUAGAUGUUGCUGUUCCAGCUAACAUGCGCUGUGGGAUCCAGACACCCCCCUCCUGA